AUGGCCUUGCCCUCCGCCAAAACUGUUCUAUCAGUGGUGGCUUCUCUCACCGCCUCGGCCGUUCUCUUCCGAACAAUCGCCGACGACCUCAUACCUGAUUUCAUCCAUGGCUACUUUUCCUCACUCCUCCGAAUGCUUUCCAACCGCUACUUCUCUCAACUCACUGUCGUCAUCGAAGAGUUCGAAGGCCUCACUUCAAACCACAUGUUCGAAGCGGCCAACAUCUACUUGGGCACCAAGCUAUCGCCUUCCACCGCCAGAAUCAAAGUAAACAAGCCCGAAAAAGGCGAAGAACUAACAGUCACCGUUGAUAAAAACCAAGAAAUAUCAGAUUUCUACGGAGGAGUGAAGUGA